AUGUAUGCAACUCGUACCACUGAUGAGAAAGUCGCAAUUGUACGACUUUUUUCAAAGUUUGAAAAUGCAACUGACGUACAAAGAGUAUGGACCAAUUAUUUUGAUACAACUCCACCUCAUCUGACCACAAUUUCGUCAAUCAAUAAAAAGUUUGAUGAAUUUGGAACAAUUGAAAAUCUACCGCACAUUGGUCGACCGUCAAGUGUACUCUCUGAAGAAAAACUAGACGAAAUUGAAGAAAGAGCCACUAGAAAUCCACAAUUGUCUAUUCGUUUAGGUGCUGAUCGAGCUGUGGUCGACCUUAAUGAUGAUGAUUUCGAUCGUCGUAGCGAGUUUUGCGAAUCAUGGAUCGAGAAAUUCGAAGAAGAUCCCAAUCUAAUCGACAGUAUAUUUUGGAGCGAUGAAGCCAAAUUUAAUAUGAAUACAAGCGUCAAUCGACAUAAUUGCACUUACUGGGCCAGAGAAAAUCCACACUUCAAGUUUGAAAUGCCAAAUACGCAACAAGGAAUUAUGGUUUGGUGCGGAAUAAGUUCUAAUGGACUCGUUGGUCCAUAUUUUUUCAAUGAUACCGUUACUGGUCCAUCGUACAAAGAAAUGCUGGUUAAUUAUGCAUGGCCUCGGUUGAAGAACAAAAACUUUUACUUUCAACAUGAUGGAGCAGGAGCUCAUUAUUCUGUUACUGUUCGAGAAUGGCUGGAUAAAAAAUUUCCAGAUCGAUGGAUAGGUAGACGUGGUCCAUUCGACUGGCCAGCUCGUUCACCAGAUUUAAGUCUCUGUGACUUCUUUCUUUGGGGCUAUUUGAAGGACAUUGUGUUCAAAGAGCCAGUCGCUUCUAUUACAGAACUUCAAGAAAGAAUUGAACAAGCUUGUGAAGAGAUACCCGAAGAAAUGUGUCGCAAAGCAUAUCGCUCUGUUGUGCAACGUCUUCGUGACUGCUUGAACAACGAAGGACAGUUUCUUUCAUACUAA